AUGAUUCAACUUUUGAUUAAUGAUCAAAGAACUGUUAUUGCGGAUUGGUAUACCACCAUUCGUUUGCCAAAAGUCAUCACCGAGCUUCGAAAAAUCAACCCCGAAAGAAGAAUCAUCCUCCACCAAGACAAUGCAAGCUCGCACAUAGCCCAAAAGACAGGGCAGUAUUUAACGGAAGAAAACGUGGAAUUAUUGGACCAUCCUCCAUAUAGUCCCGAUCUAAGUCCUAAUGAUUUCUUUACUUUCCCGAAAAUAAAAAACAGACUGCGUGGUCAAAGGUUCCAGUCACCAGAAGAAGCAGUUGACGCAUUCAAAAAUGCCGUUUUGAAUCUGCCAGCAAACGAGUGGAAUAAGUGCUUCGAAAAUUGGUUCUGGUGCAGACAACGGUCACUCUGGGAUCAGGAAUGGAACAGUAUUGCCUUUAGUGACGAGUCUCGAUUUUGUUUAGGCAUGCACGAUGGUCGUGCCAGGGUUAGAAGGCGACGUGGUGAAAGGAGGAAUCCACAGUUUUUUGUUGAAAGACGUGUUGGAGUUAUGGUUUGGGGUGCUAUAGCUUAUGACUUCUUUCAACAUAAUGAUGUCACAUUGUUACCAUGGCCACCAAGAUCUCCCGACUUAUCCCCAAUUGAGCAUGUGUGGUAUAUGAUGGGUAGGAGAUUGCUCAAUUUGCAACGUCCUCCUCAGACUCUAGAAGCACUUCGAGAGGAGUUGGUGGUUGCCUGGAAUGAGAUACCACAGGAGGACAUUGAACACCUGAUCAGAAGCAUGCCUAGGCGCAUUGGAGAAUGCGUAGCACAUCAGGGUGCAUCCACACAUUAUUAA